UAACUGCCGAAGAAGAAGUCGUGUAUGUCACGUGACACGUUUAGCCGGGUUAAACUUCCUGUAUUUAAUUCAGUCUAUUUUCUCUAACAUUGCACCGUGAAUACAACACGUCGACAGUGACAUAGUUGUCUUAACGCUGCCCGAGUGACGAGUUGAUCAGGAAACAAACAGCGUGUGCAGGUGAGCUUUCAUAUUAGGUGGUUGAGGUCGUACCUUCACUAAACACCUGGUCGCCAUGGCUAACCUGCUGUCAAUGAAAUGCCUUUCCUCUCUGAAGAAAUCUGGAAACAUAAAACAUUUAAGGUCCGCAGCUGUGAGCAUCGAUAAACGAAACUACAGCAGCAAACAUGGAGAGUAUCUGCACCAAAGUGUUGUCCCCUCGAUGCAUUACCAGAAGAGUUUACCCAGGCUUCCCAUUCCCAAACUGGAGGAUACCAUCAAGAGGUAUUUAGCUGCCCAGAGGCCUCUGUUGGACGAUGAGCAGUUCAAAACAACAGAGAAACUUGCACAGGAUUUCCAGCAUGGGGUGGGAAAACAGAUGCACGAAGAACUGGUAGCUCAGGACAAAAACAACAAGCACACAAGCUACAUCUCAGGACCGUGGUUUGACAUGUAUCUUUCUGCACGCGACUCUGUGGUGCUGAACUUCAACCCCUUCAUGUCCUUCAAUCCCGACCCCAAGACGGAGUACAACGACCAGCUCGUGCGAGCCACCAAUAUGGUGUGUUCGGCAGUGCGCUUCAUGAAAACACUGCGAGCUGGAAUACUGGAGCCGGAGGUUUUCCACCUUAAUCCAGCAAAGAGCGACACAGACGGCUUUAAGAAGUUAAUCCGCUGGGUCCCGUCUUCCCUGUCUUGGUAUGGAGCGUACAUGGUAAAUGCGUACCCCCUGGACAUGUCUCAGUACUUUCGCCUCUUCAACUCCUCACGGAUUCCCAAACAGGGGCGAGAUGAGCUCUUUACUGACGACAAAGGGCGUCACCUCCUCGUUAUGAGGAAUGGCAACAUGUAUGUGUUUGACAUUGUGAACAGGGAUGGAAAUUUGGUGAGCCCCGCAGAGAUCCAGUCCCAUUUGAAGUACAUUUUGUCCGACCCGACACCGGCAGCUGCUUUUCCUCUUGGUGUCCUAACAAGUGAGAACAGAGAUGUGUGGGCGGGGCUGAGGGACAAGCUGGUAUCUGCUGGAAAUGCAGAGGACUUACGGGUUGUUGACAGUGCCCUCUUCUGUCUCUCUCUGGACGAUGAAAGCAUGAAGGACCACAUUCAGAUCUCCCACAACAUGCUGCACGGUGACGGCUGCAACCGCUGGUACGACAAGUCCUUCAGCAUCAUUCUGACCAAAGAUGGACAGGCAGCCAUAAAUUUCGAGCACUCCUGGGGCGAUGGUGUAGCUGUGCUUCGCUUUCAGAACGAGAUCUUCAAAGACACAACAGAGAAGCCCCUGGUUCACCCGGGCUCUGCCCCCGCUGCAGUGGAUUCAGCCUCAGCUGUGCGCAGACUGCAGUUCAAGCUGGACAGUGAGCUGGAAGAUGGCGUCAAGAAGGCCAAGGAGAGUUUUGAUUCAGCUGUGUCAAAACUCACCAUCGAUGCCAUGGAGUUCAAGAAAGGUGGGAAGGAACAAUUAAAGAAGAGCAAGUUGAGUCCAGAUGCGAUAGCCCAGCUGGCUUUUCAGAUGGGCUUCUUGAGGCAGUAUGGACAGACAGUGGCCACAUACGAGUCCUGCAGCACUGCAGCGUUCAAGCAUGGCCGCACAGAAACCAUCCGACCCGCCACCGUACACACAAAACAGUGUGCACAUGCCUUUGUUUGUCAGCCUGGACAACACAGUGUGGAGCAACUGCGGGGCAUGCUCAGCGAGUGCUCUAAAUAUCACGGGCAGCUCACCAAGGAAGCAGCUAUGGGUCAAGGUUUUGACCGCCACUUGUUUGCCAUGCGAUAUCUGGCCAAUUCAAAGGGUCAGGCUCUGCACAGUCUGUAUGCAGACCCAGCUUACACCGCCAUCAACCACAACAUCCUCUCUACCAGCACCCUCACCAGUCCCGCUGUGAACCUGGGCGGCUUUGCCCCGGUGGUGCCUGACGGCUUUGGUGUCGGCUACGGUGUCCAUGACGACUGGAUCGGCUGCAACGUGUCCAGCUACCCAGCUCGCAACGUCCACGAGUUCCUGCAGUGUGUCCACAAGUCUCUGGAGGACAUUUUCUCUGUGGUGGAGGGAAAAGCACUCAGCUAAAAAAAAAAACAAGUGUUUGAGAUCACCAAAGAGGGAAAAUAAUAUCUACAGUAGUUUUACAGAAGAGUGAAGGUGAGCGUUGCUAUCCUUCUUAGCCAUCAGAUUGUCUUUUAACUUAUCUGAGAAAGCAUACAGAAAGUAAGUUGAAUAUUUUUGAAACACAAGUAGAAGCUUAGCGAUAUAGGAUGGGAUUUAAAACACAUUGUUAGCAGCAGUUUGGAUUUUAAUGUAACUGUAAAAAAAAAUAAAGAAACAGCACGUAUUGUGUUAUCUAAAAUAGCAUUUAACAUCACAAAUACAUCUGUGGGAGUCAUGGUGCGUUCCAUUUGAUCUCAGAAGUCGGGAAUUCAGAGCAGUCUAAAAAGUCAUCAGGAACCCCCUCCUGAAGUCAGAAUCCCGACUUGAAAACUGAGAACCUUCAGUUGCCUGAGUAAAAAUCCAACAUGGCUGCUACGUGCAUCAACAGUAUUUUAAUCUGUACACUGUUGUUUAUUGGCAACGUAGUCUUGUUUCUAGGUUAAUCAAAUCAAUCACACUAAUAAUAUUGUGCAAGUAUCACGUACUGUGUCUUAUCGCCUGGUAAUAACUUGCAAUACAAAGGUACUCUUGCAGGCGUCCAUGUUGCUUGCCUGACUUUUUGCUAAAUCACCCCUGGAACGCAGUACGCUCAGGUGUGAUGUCAUUCCCAGUGCCGAGAUCAAUGGUAAAUGGAAUGCACCAUCAAUGUAACAACCAUGCCCACUCUGAAAACAAUGCACAGCAGACUGAAAGAAAGUGCUGACCGCUCUCAUGGAAUAUUCUGAGUGCUGUAAAUAUUUAUACUGCAGUAGAGCUUUUUGAGAUUUAGAGCAGGAAUCAUUGCAGUUCAUCGAGGGGAACAGAUGCUGUGCCUUAUGGAAAUGUGAAUAUUUAAAUGAGCGUUUGCUGAUCGUGACUUUAAUAAAUACUGAUUGUCAUCUUCA